UUGGCUUCUUCUUCUUCUUCUCCCUCUUCGAGACUUCUCUCGUCUCUUCUCCAGUCCUCUAUAAAACCCUAGAUUGGAUAAGCUUCUCUCAUUGCUCCACUUCUUUCCCUCUCUCUGUGGAUUCUUGCCAAUGGCGGCACCGGUUGUGGACGCGGAAUACCUCAAAGAGAUCGAGAAGGCGCGCAGGGACCUCCGCGCCCUCAUCUCCAGCAAGAACUGCGCUCCUAUAAUGCUGCGCCUCGCAUGGCAUGAUGCUGGCACUUAUGAUGUGAACACAAAAACUGGUGGCCCAAAUGGUUCAAUUAGGUGCGAGGAAGAGUAUUCCCAUGGGUCAAACGCUGGCUUAAAAAUAGCUAUAGAUCUUUGUGAGACAGUGAAGGCCAAGCACCCAAAGAUUACCUAUGCUGACCUUUAUCAGCUUGCUGGAGUUGUUGCUGUUGAGGUUACUGGAGGGCCAACUAUUGACUUUGUCCCUGGGAGAAAGGACUCAACAGUUUGCCCAAGAGAAGGACGUCUUCCUGAUGCUAAGAAAGGUUCACAGCAUCUGAGGGACAUAUUUUACCGAAUGGGCCUCACUGACAAAGACAUCGUUGCUUUAUCUGGUGGCCAUACUCUGGGUAGGGCUCAUUCUGAAAGGUCUGGAUUUGAUGGUCCUUGGACUAAAGAACCUCUCAAAUUCGAUAAUUCCUAUUUUGUAGAACUGCUUAAAGGGGAAACUGAAGGUUUACUGAAGCUUCCUACCGACAAGACUCUCUUGGAGGAUCCUGUGUUCAGAAAAUAUGUCGAGCUCUAUGCAAAGGACGAGGAUACCUUCUUCAAAGACUACGCGGAAUCACACAAGAAACUCUCCGAACUUGGUUUCACUCCGCCGAAAUCGAUCUCCGCCUCCAAAUCAGAUGUCAAGUCCUGCACUGUAUUAGCUCAGAGCGCUUUCGGGGUCGCUGUUGCCGCCGCUGUCGUCGUCUUGAGCUACGUCUACGAGAUAUCGAAGAAAGGCAAAUAAAACAAAAAGAAAGACGUUAUAUUAUUGAUUAGAAAAUAUUCUGCUUUGUUUAUCAUAGCAAGGAUUGAUGUCUGAUCAAACUAUAUAAGAAGUUAUUUCGCAUUUUAAUUUGAACAAUACAUAAUGUCACAGAAGCUGUGUAUAUGAUAGAUGUUAUGGUAUUCCAAAUCAUUAUCUAGAAUAAAUUAAUGGAGACCAGAGAUGAUGAUUUAUCUGAAGA